GAACCCCACCACCAUUGAAAAUGAUGUGCAAUACGGUUUACAAUGGCGCAAAACCCUAAACAUCUACUGAAGAACAUGACACUUCCGCUCUUUCAAGAAAACCGGCAAUCUUUCCGCCAUCCACCGCCGCGUCCGCCGCCACCUGCCACCGCUACCCCUUCUAAAACCCCCAAAAAUUGCGUUCCAAUUCAGUCCACAAAUUCAACCUCAUCUUCAUCCUCUGCGUUCGAUCAAUUUUCUAAAAGGGUCACGAGGGACCUUCCCAAUUUGUCAGAUUGUCAUGGCUGCCGUGUCCAUAUCAAUCACACUGAUCCCGAUGACCGCCUUCAAACCCUAGACAGCUUUUGGCGCAUAGUCCUUCUUUGCAAGAAAUGCAUCAGGUGUGUCAAUUCCGGCCAAACAUGCGCUUACUGUUUCAAGAACACGGAUGAUUCUGAUUGUUCCAAAUGCCGCAGCUGCAAAAGGCAUGUUCACAAGGACUGUGUUAGUAGGUAUGGGAAUUCUGCGCCUUGGUCUUUUUCUUCUAGUGAAGAAGGGGUAAAUUCGGCACUCUUCGUUUGUAUAGAUUGUUGGGUUCCAAAUUUCUUUAAGAAAUCAAUUGGGGAUUGUAGAAAGAUUCAGAAGGAUGUGCUUAAGAUACAAAUUUGUAGUGGUGAUCUUAUAUCAUCUGAAAAAAUUGCAAAACAUGCUAACUUAGAAGGCAAAAGGAAGGAGGUUGUAGUGGGCCUGAAAGCAAAGGAUAGCACCUUGCAAAAGGCUGUCGUGGUGAAAAAUGCCAUGGGCUUGGCUAAGAGUGCAUUGGAAUCAGUUGCCAAGAAAGGUAAAAAUAAGGGUAAGGUUGUAAGUAAGGAUGUAAAUGAUGCAGAAUUUGCAUUUCAAUUGCAUCGUUCCAUGAACAGCUCGCCACGAAUAUCAAAAACCUUAGGCCCUAAGAAUUCUAGCUAUGUGGGUGGUCCUGAAAUCCAGACUCUUCCUAAUUCUACAGGCGAUAGGCUUAAGGUGUACUCUCGCACUAAGUAUAGGGGAAAAGUUGGCCCGACUAGUUCUGAGACCCCACCUUCUGUUAUGGUGUACUCUCGCACUAGGUUGAAAGAAAAAGUUGGCCAGACUAGUUCAGAGACCUCACCUCGUGUUACAGUUUACUCUCGCAGAAGGUUGAAGGAAGAAGUUGGCAAGGCUAGUUCAGAUGCAUCGCCAUGUCUUCUAGUGUACUCUCGCACAAGAUUUAAGGAAAAAGUUUAUCAGACUGAUUCAGAGGCUCCGCCUUGUGUUACAACGAACGAGCGUGGCUCUUGUGUUGAUUCUGCUUGUUCAAAAGCUGAGUUGCUUACGUACAAGCGGAACAGACUAAAGAGGAAAAUAUGCGAAGAAAAAGUUGGUUUUACUGAGGACCGCUAUUUGUUGAAGUAUAGCAGAAGGAAACGAUGCUCGGAGCCAGGGUCAGAUGUGCAUGGGGAUACUUUUCCUCAACCAACACCUGAUCGCAGCAUGCCUACAAAUUGCUGUCAUUCGAUCUAGUGCUUGUGCUAGCAGUAGUUUGCCAGAUACAGACAUGGAAGAGUGCUUAGAAGGAUUGGGGUCCUGCUUUCUCCUGGAAAAUCAAAUUCGAACAUUCAAUGUAUUGCCAGAAAGAGGAUGGAAAAUCAUGAGAAUUGAUGAACAAGGCUAUUUGCCAUGUUCGGUCAGAUGUUUUAAUCUUUACAAUCACAAUGUACUAAGCCAAUUCCUUCAAAAGGUGACGAGUGUAUAUGAUGUAUGUUAUUAUGAGAAAGAGGUUUGGAGGCAUAGAACUAUCUUUUGCUGCAAGUGGAGUGUAAUUUCAGCGACAAGACAGAAGUUGUUUUUGUUGCAUAUAUUUUAUGUCCUCUUUCCUGUUAUAGUGUUACUUUUACAAAAUAGAUGAUACAGUUAUACUUAUUUGUAGACAAUAUUCUAAUAUGAAAAAGUUGAAUUACU